UGAUGAGCGAUUCGAUACCACCAGAAGUUGUUGAACAGUUGCGGAGGUUCAAUGAAGCAUUAACAGUUCUCGAAGAUACUUACCAGAAACAUUUUUCGAAUUCCUUGGAAGCGAAUACCCAGAGGCCACCACUAGAAAAGUUAGAAAUUGAUUUGAUGUCCGUGUUCGUGAUUAAUUCGCUGUACUGGAUGCUGCUCUGCACACAUGGACAAAAACCAAAGGAUAACGAGCUUCUGCAAAAUGAAAUUAACCGAACGAAAGAAUAUAUGGGACGGCUGAAACAGCUAGAAGAACGAAAAACAGCACCUUGUUUGAAUCAGCGGGCAGCGAGAAGUUUUGUGCGAAAUGCUUUGUGGGAACCGAAGCAGCAACAGCGAUCAGACACAUCUGAUCACUCCUGUGAGGAAGAUGUGAAUAAGAGAGAUGAACGAUAUGAAAUGGAAAGUGGUGAUUGUUCGAUUUCGUUGAAAGAGACUGAAUUUGGAGAAGAUCAGAUGGAAGAAGAAGAUGUAGCCCUUGUAAAUUCAAAUACAGUGAAAAGUGCUACGAAACGAUUACCUCGGGAAGCAAAUAUUAUGAUGGCAGGAGGUACUCUUCCAAAAAAGAAGCGGUUGUAA